GGGGUCAUGUGACCAGUCACGUGAUCCGCGCUGUGCUUAUUUGAUGUAGUGAACUUCCCUGAUUGUGUGAUAUAUAUAUAUCAGACUUCCCCUGCGGUGACGGGCGAGAAAACUGCGGAGCUGCCUUUGUCUCUUUCAUUGCCAACUAGCGAGACAGAAUGUGGCCCGUUGCACUCCUGUGUCUUCUCUCGGCUCUGUCAGUCAGUUGGGCGAGGCCCCGUCUUCAUCCCUUAUCCCAUGAAAUGGUGAACUACAUAAACAAGGCCAACACCACAUGGAAGGCUGGACACAAUUUCCACAAUGUUGACUACAGCUAUGUGAAGCGGCUGUGUGGGACUCUCCUGAAGGGCCCGAAGCUCCCAGUCAUGGUACAGUAUGCCGGAGAGGUAAAUCUACCCAAGAACUUUGACCCAAGAGAACAGUGGCCCAACUGCCCCACAUUGAAGGAGAUAAGAGACCAGGGUUCCUGUGGCUCAUGCUGGGCCUUUGGUGCGACUGAAGCCAUCUCUGACCGACUGUGCAUCCACAGCAACGCCAAAAUCAGCGUGGAGAUCUCCUCUGAAGACCUUUUGACCUGCUGCGAAGAUUGUGGCAUGGGGUGCAAUGGUGGCUACCCUUCUGCUGCCUGGCAGUACUGGACGGAUGAAGGACUCGUGUCUGGCGGCCUGUAUGACUCUCAUAUCGGUUGCCGCCCAUACACUAUCCCUCCUUGUGAGCACCAUGUGAAUGGCAGUCGCCCUCCCUGCACGGGAGAAGGUGGGGAUACCCCAGAAUGUGUAGCCCAGUGUGAACCUGGGUACAGUCCUUCCUACAAGCAAGACAAACACUACGGAAAACAUUCAUACAGUGUACCCUCAGAGCAGGAGCAGAUCAUGUCUGAGCUAUAUAAGAAUGGGCCCGCCGAGGCUGCUUUUACAGUCUUUGAGGACUUCCUGUUGUACAAGACCGGUGUGUAUCAGCAUGUCACAGGGUCUGCUCUUGGCGGCCAUGCCAUCAAGAUCCUUGGCUGGGGUGAAGAGAAUGGCACCCCCUACUGGCUGGCUGCUAACUCCUGGAACACUGACUGGGGUGACAAUGGGUUCUUCAAGAUCCUCAGAGGAAAGGACCACUGUGGCAUAGAGUCUGAGGUGGUGGCGGGAAUCCCCCGCGAGUAGCAGAUUGUGGCUGGCGUAGAUGUUGUGCAUAUCUGAGGGGCCGGCCAGCUCCACGUGUGUGAGCAGGACCAGCUGUGGAAUGCCUGGAGAGGGAGCAAGGGGAGCCUGUUACCACAGCCACGCGAGGGGGGGGGCAUCAGCCCAUGAUCCCACGAUCCCACUGUAUUCCUCUCUUUCCCUGCCUACACAUAAACACCUGUUAUAAAGAUGGCUGGCUUUAAAUGUUCUUUGGGUUAUAGUGCAGCAUCAUAAUCUGCAAAACACUGUAUAAUUCCAUCAGCUGCAGCAAACUAGUCACCUUACAAUGCUUCUCGUACUUAAAGGACACCACAGUAUUCCAACCCCAACCUUAAGAACCUCUAGAAAACAGAGGUGUCCCAGUCAAGGUUCUUAUCAAAUUUGAGGAAGCACUUCUUUACACAGCGUGUAGUUAGAGUAUGGAAUAGUCUUCCAGCUAGUGUAGCGGAAGCUAAAACCCUGGGUUCCUUUAAAUCAGAGCUAGAUAAGAUUUUAACAACUCUGAGCUAUUAGUUAAGUUCUCCCCAAACGAGCUUGAUGGGCCGAAUGGCCCCCUCUCGUUUGUAAAUUUCUUAUGUUCUUACAACAGAGCUUACCCUGCCUCAUGCCAAACCGCGUGAUGACAUUGCCAGACGAUGUGGUGAUCAUCCUAUGCACACACAUAUGUUUGUUUGUUUGUAUGUAAGUAAGAAUAAACGAAUGCUGAGCUGACCCAAA